AUGUGCCCCAUGAACUUUCCUAUCUCUUACGCCCAAGAGGUCUACAACUAUAGACGGCUGGGCCGGAGGAGGGAUGAGCUUGGCCGGGGGGCCGAGCUCCCCCGGAAGACCGCAGGGAAUCGAUUGUCUGGGCUCUUGGAGGCAGAGGAGGAAGAUGAAUUCUACCAAGACUACUUAUGGGGGGGGUUCACCGAGGAAUCUGGUGAUGAUGAAUAUCAGGGGGACCAGUCAGACACAGAGGAUGAAGUUGACUCGGAUUUUGACAUUGACGAGGGGGAUGAGCCAGCAAGUGAUGGGGAUGGAGAUGAACCAAGGAGAAAGCGUCGUGUAGUCACCAAGGCCUACAAGGAGCCCAUCAAGAGCUUGAGGCCUCGAAAAGUAAGCACCCCAGCUGGCAGCACCCAGAAGACGCGAGAGGAGAAGACAUUACUACCCUUGGAGCUCCAAGAUGACAGCCUUGAUAGUAGGAAUCCGAUGCGCCAGUCGACAGCUGAGCACACUUAGCCAGACAUUCCUUUCGGGGUUCAGAGCGGGCAGGGCCAGUCACGGCGCCGGGAAAGGUGUCCACACUGUGAGCGUCCCACUGCGCAAGAGGAGCUCCUCAGGAAGCAAAGAUCACAGAGGGGAACUCAACCUACGGCCUGACUUCCCUUCUUUUCUCCAGAGAACUAUGAGCGACUAGAGGCAGACAAGAAGAAACAGGUUCACAAGAAGCGCAAAUGCCCAGGCCCGGUGAUCACCUACCACUCCAUGACGGUGCCCCUGCUGGCUGAGCCAGGACCCAAGGAGGAGAACGUAGAUGUGGAAGGACUUGAGCCAACACCUAUGAUCUCUGCAGUGGGUCCUCACUCUGGAACAGGGUCGGUAAUGCCACCAGCCCGGUGCUCUCGUACUUUCAUCACCUUCAGUGAUGAUGCCACAUUUGAGGAGAUUGUUUUCCCCAGGGGAAAACCCCCCAAGAUUCCUGUGCGUGAAGUCUGUCCUGUGACCCAUCGUCGCCUGUACCGAGAUCCCGUCACAGAUAUUCCCUAUGCCACAGCUAGAGCCUUCAAGAUCAUGCGGGAGGCCUACAAGAAGUACAUCACAGCCCAUGGACUCCCACCUGCUGCUUCUGCACUGGGCCCUGGCCCACCACCUCCAGAGCCCCUCCCCGGCCUGGCCCCGGCUCUUCGCCAGAAACUCAUAAUCAAAUGAAAGCAUGGCUGGUCCUCAGAUACCCCUCUUUUGCCCUUUGCCCGCCUGGACCUUACUGACCUUGCCUCUCUGCCUUCCCCCUCUAGCUGUCUUUUGCCCUCGUGCCCAUCUCAGACUCCUUAUUCUUUUUCCCUUCUUCUUUCCCCCAGAGUGACCUGCCCGUGUCCUGUCUGUAUUUUUUUAAUCUACAUAAAAAUAGAAAAACCU